AUGAGAGGAAGCAGUGGUAAUGGUAAAUAUCAUGGCCGUGGCAACCACUCGUAUCGUGGAUUUCAUGGUGGAAGUCCCUCUGAUCGUGGGUACUAUCAACCCCCAUAUUAUAACAGUUCACCAACCCCUGGACGAGGCGGUGUAACUAGCUAUGGUUCUCGUGGUGUUCCAAGUUCUGCUGGGAAUAGCACAGUGCCGUAUUAUACAAGUUCGAGAGCGUAUGGGGAAUAUCCAUCAUGUGGACAGCCGCCACAGCAACAACAGGCGCCUUCCACGCCUGUUUCUGCAGAUACCAAUGGACCACCAAGACCAAGUUCUGAUAAUGACUGGCCAGGCUAUAAUCGGACCUUCAACAGUAGAGUCAGAGGCAGUUACCGUGGUUCGUACUCUAGAGGUAGAGGUAGAGGUAGAAGCGGUUGGGGGCGUCCCACUGGCGGAUAUUAUGGGAAUAUUGGCCCUAUAAAUGGGGGUUUGAAAUCUUCAUUUGAAUACAAUCCUACAGAUAACGAGCAUGAGUACUAUAGCUAUAAACGAGAAGGAUUUGAGAAUGGUUAUGAACUACAAGCAGAACAGCAACAUGAACGAAGGCCGUCACAACACCAGGCGCAUCACAAACAGCUUCAACAACAAGAUGCACCAGCACAACAUGCAUCACAGUCGCAGCCGUAUCAGCCACUGAAGCCUCACUCGAGUUCCCAAAAUCAGUCUGGGCACGGGUAUCAUACUGAAGGAUCUGAUUCUUCCUUGAAAAUUCCUAUCCAAAAUGGAAACGACUCCCAUCCUAUCAAGAGAGAUGCGUCAGAUAAAUCUGAGACGGCUUCAGUCCACACUGUCAAUCCAGAAACAGCAUUAGCUAUUAAUAAUAAAGAUCUGGAAAUGCAGCGUGUACGUGAAAGGCUACAAGAAGCAGAAUUCACCGAGAAGCACUGGAUUUCGAGAAUUCAUGUCCACGGUGACAUGAGGAAAUUUCUCUCAAGGGCGUUUGACAGCUUAGAUGUUGCAAAUGCUUCCCUACUCAACAUUGGAGCUCGUCGGGCAGAGUUGGAAAUUGACGUAGAGAGGUACAACCGUUUACUGAAAGCUGAAGACGAACGUGUGCGUUUGGCCGAAGAGAAGCUCGAAGCAAUGGACCUGGAUGUAUGA